UGUAGAGGGCGUUUCAUGACCUGUAACCUUUUUAACGCAUGCAUGUUUUAGGCCUAGCCUAAAAGUUUUCCUACUUUUUGUACAAAAAGUCAAAUUGAUAUGAGUUUACCAGCUUUUAUAAGUCUCCCUGUUAAUGAGCAGUUGAGUGAAUUAUGUGUAUAUUUAAAUACUAAAGGUGCUAAACUUGAUGAAGAGGUCUCACCAACAAAUACACCGGAGCAGCUUGUAAACGUUAUCCAAGAGAUUGAUAAAAUAUGGAAAGAGUCUGAUGACAAUGAUGUGGAGUAUGUGUUCAACAGUCUGUUCUCAUUGGUGUUAUAUGAACCACCAGAAGUGCUUAAAACCCUGGUAGAGCUGCUUACUGAGAAGCUGGUGAAGGGUAACGGUGAGAGGUCGGCCACACGACUGAGGAUACUUCACAAUCUUUUCAAUGGUGUUGAACCCGAGAAGAGGUUGGCUUUUGAGGUUUAUUGUGGUAUGCUCAAACUGGCCUGCAAAACAAAGAAUUGUGAUGGUUUCCCUACAGAUUUAGAUAGGGUACGGAAGUGGUCAGAUCUGUGGAAGCUAAACAAGGAUGAAACACAUCAUCUUCUAAAGCUUCUGUAUGAUGCCUUACAAGAAUGUAAACAGAGUGAGGCCUCAAGUAAAGUGAUGAUAGAGCUUCUGGGAACGUACACAACAGAUAACGCUUCAAAGGCAAGGGACGAUGCACACAGGUGUAUAGUGAACACCUUAGCUGACCCAAACAUUUAUCUCUUAGAUCACCUGAUCGCUUUACGGCCCGUAAAGUUUUUAGAGGGAGAGCUCAUACAUGAUCUUCUAACAAUAUUCGUGUCUGGGAAAUUAAAUGAUUAUCUGGAAUUUCAAAAUUCCAACAGUGAUUUCAUUAAAUCCCUAGGAUUAUCACAUGAAGAUAACAUCACCAAAAUGAGGACGUUGACCCUAAUGACACUGGCAGUGGAACACAAAGACUUGACCUUUGACCUCAUCGAGAAGGAGAUGCAGAUAAGCGAGGAUGAGGUAGAAGGGUUCAUUAUUGAUGCGGUGAGAACAAAAAUGGUACGAGCCAAGAUUGACCAAUUACAGAAGAAGGUUGUUGUGAGUUUUGCUACUCAUCGGACAUUUGGCAAACAACAAUGGAUGCUACUGCGGGAACGGUUAGAACAGUGGCAGAGGAAUUUGGGACAAGUAACAAAUGGACUGGAUUCGCUAAACACAGCUAUGACGCAGGCAGCGGCGCAAUGAGUCCAUUAGUAACGGACGUGACAUUGCUGAUUAUAUAUUUCCUGUUAUCUUUAUCACAAAAAAAAAACCUGAGUGUGAAGAGGAAUAUUUCCUUCUUAUUCAACAGCAAGUGCAUUCACCAUUAACAUGCAGCGGUGGCUCCAGUGGGGUCAGGGGGAAUUCCCCUUGUUUGACAAUCUUGGCCAAUGUCAUUGUAUGUUACUUAAGGUCAUCAGUCUAUAAAAAAUACUAAUUUGUUGAUCCAACUGAAGUUAUUGUUAUUGUAGAUUCUUAAGUUUGUGGUCUAAAAGCACAAUUUGUUAACAUCUCAUAUCUCUGUUGCAAAGGGAUUCACAUUUUUGACCCCCCACCAGUGGAUAUUCCCCAGGGUCAUGAACAGAGGCCCAGGCAGCCCCUUGGCUUGGACCCAUGCAGACAUUUGAGAAUUACUAAAGCGAUCACUGCUGAAUAUUUUGGACUUUUGUGGGUUAUGCUGAAUAAAUACAAUAAAUACCCAUUAAACUACUAUACGCCUUAGAUAUUGUUUCGACAAUUCUACGUAAUUCUGAGGUGUUGAUUGGUGGACCAGGAGCUGGUUUGACCCUUCCAAACUCCAGUCCUAUCUUAGUGCACUAUGGCAGUUCAGAGGUCAGAAUAUACACAGUGAUUAAACUAUAAUUAGCCAUACUGUACUAUAAUUAACUUAACUGUACUACAAAAAUUACAUGUUAAACAGUGAAGUAAAAUGUACAAUUAUAAAUAUAAUUAUUAUGUACCUGCCAGCGUACAUGAGGUGUAUUAGUAUAUGAUUAUAUUAUUUGAAACAUGGAGAAAAAUCUUGUAAGUAAAC